AUGGAUAAUAUUCGUUUACGUUCAAUUAUUUUAAAGUUACAAGAUCGUCUUUCCAAUGAUGAUCGAAAACGUCUUCAUUUUUAUCUUGGUAAUGAUGUUCCUCGAAGAAUUCGAGAUGAUCCAACACUUGGUGGUACACUUAAUUUAAUGGAUUCACUUUUUGAUCAAGAUAUAAUCAAUGAAAAAGAUUUUACUUAUUUAAUUAGAGCUUUUGAUGACAUUCAUUGUUUUGAUGCUGUGAAAUUAUUAAAAGAACAUUUCAAUCAAAAUCGUGAAGAUAUAUUAAAUCAAUCCGUACAAAGUUUAUCAUUAAUUAUGCCACAUAUCUUUGAAACACUUGAGGCAGAUCAAGAAGAAGAUAAAGCGGAUUACAUUCCUUUACAAAAUUUGACCAAUAAUCAUGAUAUCAUAAUCAAUAAUCAACUAAAGAAUAGGAAUAACAGUCAAGAAAUUUUGUUUAGAAAAUCAAAAAGAAAAAUAUUAUCGAAGAAAUGUUUAUUUUUAUUCAUUCUUUUAUCAUUUGGUAUAUGUGUAUUUCUUAUUCUUUGGAGUCAAUACACUUUAUAUCAAUUGAAAAAUAAUUCAAAAUCGUUGAUGGAAAUGAUACAACAUGAGAAAACAAAUCAAACGGAAACAAUUUUAUUAAUAAAGCAAUUAGAAAACAAUUUAACAUUAUCAAUGGAAGUGAUACAACAGACAAAGGCAAACCAUAUAGAAAUAAUGUUAUUAAAGAAACAAUUACAAAAGUUCAGGAAACAAAUUCAUCCGACAAAAAUUAAAUUCGAUGGAUGGAAACAAAAUGCAGUAACUAUUGCAGGAGGAAAUGGAGAAGGAAACGAAUCAAAGCAACUCUCUGAACCUUACGGAAUUUUUAUCGAUAAUCAUCAAGAUAUUUUCAUUGCGGAUUAUAAAAAUCAUCGAAUUGUUAAAUGGAAAUUAAAUGAAACUCAAGGCAAAAUUAUUGCAGGUGGAAAUGGAUAUGGAAGCAGAAUGGAUCAACUGAAUAGACCAACAAAUGUGAUUGUUGAUGAAGAAAAGAAUUCAUUGAUCAUUGCUGAUACAGAAAAUAGGCGGGUGAUUCAAUGGUCAUUAAAUCAAAAUCAACAAGAAAUUCUCAUUGAAAGUAUUUUAUGUUAUGGUGUAACAAAAGAUAAAUAUGGAUAUUUUUAUGCUUCUGAUUGGAACAAAAAUAAAGUGACAAGAUGGAAAAUGGGAGAUGUGAAAGGAAAACAAGGAACAUUAGUUGCUGGUGGAAAUGGAAGAGGAAUUGAACUUAAUCAAUUCGUUGGCCCUACUUUUAUCUUUGUUGAUGAUGAUCAAUCCAUUUAUGUUUCAGAUUUAUGGAAUCAUCGUGUAAUGAAAUGGAGAAAAGAUGCGAAUGAAGGAAUUGUUGUUGCAGGUGGAAAUGGUGACGGAAAUCAACUUAAUCAGUUGAAUGGUCCAUUGGGAAUAAUUGUUGAUGAUUGUGGUAAUAUUUAUGUUGCAGAUCGUGGGAAUGAUCGAAUAAUGCGUUGGAGUGAAGGAGCGAAAGAAGGUGAAAUAAUUGUUGGUGGAAAUGGUCGUGGAAAUGAAUUAAAUCAAUUGUCUUAUCCCAUUGGUUUAUCAUUUGAUAUUGAAGGAAAUCUUUAUGUUGCUGAUGGUGGAAAUGAUCGAAUCUCAAGAUUUGAUUUGAUUUCUUCAUAA